AUGGAUAUUACAUUUAACUAACUUGAUGUUUUGCAAAAAAUAAUAUUUGAACGCAGUGAAGAUAUUAGAUUACUUCAUGCUAUAAACUAAUAAGUACUUGGAAAUCAAAUAUUUUUUGAUUUGGAAUUUACAAAGGUGUAAUAAUCUCUAAGAUAACUGGGAUUCAAAAUAAUUGGGCUUAAGAAGAACGAUAAAUAAAGAAUAGAAGAAGAGAACAAAAUUAUUGAAGCAUUAUCGAAAAUAUUGAUGGUGAAUUUACCUGAAAGGAUGUAAAUAUAUAGAUUUAGUUAAACAAUAAUAAAAUAAUUCAGACCUGAAAUGCAUAUAAUAAGAUUUAAUUAGAAGGAUACUAAAGAUUUAUUUUCAAUGUUUAAGUAAUUCUUUAUGGCUGAAAAUAAUUUUGAUGGCAUUCAUUUUGUACAAUUGAAUUAAGAAUGUGAUUUUAAGGUAACCGAUCAAAACAAAACAGAUGUCCACCGCGAUCGUAUUGAUAAAGUUUCUUGUGAGUAGAUCAAGGGAAGAAUUCCAAUUGUUAAUACAAUCGGCAUCGACAUCUGUAAUUGGGAAAAUGAAGUAAGAAUUAGAAAAGAAAACUGAAGAUACUAGUAAUGAGAGUAAAGUAGAGAAGACUGAACCAGAACCAGAAGAAAUAAAACCUAAGUUACUUUUAAGAAAAAAAAUUAUAAUUAGAGAAAAUACGUAACAAUAAAUGAAAUAGCCAGAGACUAUAAAUCGCAGUGUAUCGGUUACUGAUAAAUUAGUAAUGUAUUCCUAAGCUUAAGAACCUAAUCCAAACCCUGAAAAAGAAUUAAAAUAUUAAUUAAGAUUAGAGUAAAGAAAAUUAAGAAAAAAUUUAAAAAACAUAUAUUAACCUAUGAUAGAUUUAGAUAAUGAUCAUCUAUGGUGUUCUCAUGCUGUAUUAAAGAAAAAGUUUAUGAAAUAUCCUGAAAAAUAUUGUAUUCAAUUAUAAUCAAUAUUUAGUUUUAAAGAGAGGAGCAUUUUAUAUUUGGAAAUAUUUGAACAAUAAUAAUUCUGAUAUUAGAAUAACAAUUAUGAAUUUCGCUUAUAGAAGAGCUAAAUUGGUAAUUGUUGACAAAAUCCUUUAAGAUUAAAUUUAGGAACUGCAUAAAUAAUAUAAUACAACAGGAUAAAUACCAAGAUAAGCAUUACCAUUGUUAGUGUCUUGCUAAUAAACUCCAAAAAUUUAAAAACCAUAAAUUCGAUUAUAAUAGCAAUUUUAAGUUCCAAAUAUAAGUUAAUUGCCAAUGUUGCAAAGUCAACACUAGCAAUUAAAAUCAAUGGAAUUUUAUGAAGCUACAGUGAAAGAUCAAAAAGCACAUAGGUCAAAUAAAUCAUUAAAUCUUACUUAAGAGUAGGCUAAAAUAUAAUAAAAGAUAAAACUAUAAAGUUCAAAAGACUUAAUUUGA